UUAAUAGUAACGUUUGUUGCUUCGUAGAUUGAUUAAAGGGAAACAUGCAUAAAAAUCCAGUUUCUUUGCAUUUAAUUGUGUGGACUGAUACAGACACACGAGACCGAUCCGUGUAUUUGUUUGAUUAGUAGUAGUAGCUAGUUAGGCCAGGCGCGCGUAGGAAAUAAACCCGGCGAAGCUCGCUCGUGAUUGCAAGAAACCCUUGCAAGCGCCGCCUCCGUUUUGCUGCAGAAAAUCACGCAAGCGUCCCGACCGAAGCCAAGGCAGGACAUGAAUGAGCCAGCAGGCUAUUCUGAGCUACAGUUCGGCGGAGACAUGCUACGGCUGCGCGUAUCUGGAUCCAUCUCGUCUAUAUAUAGCACUCCCCUCCGUGUACUAGUAGGGCUAUCCCUCUCCGCUUCCCUUUCUAUUUGUGAGCUUGGAAGGAGAGCUUCAGCGCUGGAGCCUAGACGCUUCCACUCCCCUCCUUUACGGGGCGCUGAAACUUGGCCCUUCUAGCCUAUGGAGAGCGCACAGCCCUCAGCGCGAGAGAAAGAGGCGGGAAGAGGUCAGGGAAAGAGGGCGAGAAGCCGAAAGAAAAAGGAGGGGGGAUAUUUCCCCCUUCCCCAGACGUCACAUGAUGCUCGGAGACCGCUUUUUCUUCAGAAGCUCUCGCCCGCGGCGGAGAGGAAUUCUGUAUCUGCUCACGGUCGCGCGAGUCCUCAGUGCCUCUCGCCACCAGAGGGCGCCGCCUCAGGGCAAGAACGACCUGCUGGCGCGAACGAGCGAGCAUCGUCGAUCGUAGGAAAAGGAGGGAGAGGCGGGCAGGAGCUGUUGAUUACGCGACACUUUCUGCGCGCCGUGCGUGACGCGGCGUUCUGAGGGAAAGGGGAGGCCGGAGGAAGAGGCGGGGGAAGGGGUAAUCAGAAGCGGCGAAAGCAGGCGAGGAGAAGAAGCGCGAGCGGCGAACGGCGAACGCGGAGGGGACGCGAUGUGAAAUCCUGCGAGGCCCGGGAGGGCUAGACGGCGAUCCCGCCUGCAUCCGUGACGAGAGAAGGUUCACUAUGAAGCAAGGUGGAUGGAGAAAACGAGCCAGUGAUAAAGAUGGCUGGGGGAAAUGGGGAGGAUAUAUGUCUGCUAAAGUCCAGAAAUUGGAGAAUCAGUUUCAUUCAGAGGCAGCUCUGCAACAUCAGAAAGAUGAAAAUUCAUCCAGCAUUUUCAGUGGAGUUGCCAUCUUUGUCAAUGGCUUCACAGAUCCUUCUGCUGAUGAAUUGAGGCGGCUAAUGAUGUUGCAUGGAGGACAAUAUCAUGUAUACUAUUCUAGAUCCAAAACAACGCACAUUAUUGCUACAAAUCUUCCAAAUGCCAAAAUAAAGGAACUGAAGGGAGAAAAAAUAGUUCGACCAGAUUGGAUAAUAGAUAGCAUAAAGGCUGGACAACUCCUUUCAUAUAUUCCUUAUCAGCUUUACACAAAACAGACAAGUAUUCAGAAAGGCCUCUGGUUUAAUACUAUAUGCAAGCCUGAAGAUUCAGUUCCAGGUCCUAGCAAUAUCUCUGUGGGACUCAACAGGGUAAAUAGUCUUGUAAAGAAGCAUGAAGUAGAGAAUGAAAUGAAAACAAAUGGAGUGAGUAAAUCAAAGAAAGAAGCUGAAACUACAAGGUUCCUGGAGCAAGCUCUUUCCAGAAGCAAACAGAAUGGAAUACAUCAGAAAGACAACUUUUCCAUUUUUAAUGGACAUAGUCAUAGUUCCAACAGUGCCUUAAAGAUGCAGGAUGGUUUGCUACACUUAGACAAAAGUGUUAUAAGCAGACUGUCUCCUCUGCAUGAAGAACUAAAAGAAAGCACUGAUUUUAGAGACUGUUCUACGCAGCAUUUGCAACAAAGCAACAGAAACACUGAACUUUUAAGAAAUGUGCACAGGACUAUGAGUCAUUCAUCUUUUUCAUCUUUGCACAGUAAUAUUAAAAUAAAUGGUGCUCAUCACUAUACUGUUCAGGGGCCUUCAAGCACAAAAAACACUACUUCAGUACCUGAUCCUAAUAAGGAAGAUUAUUCACCUUUGUGCAAAUCUUCUAAUGGCAAUUUCAUUUCAGAUUUUUAUUCUCAUUCAAGAUUGCAUCAUAUAUCUACCUGGAAAUGUGAAUUUACAGAGUUUAUCAACACAUUACAGAAACAAAAUAAUGCUAGCUUCCCAGGAAGAGAAAAGUUGAAAAAAAAUAAAGCAGGACAAUCUACAAUAAAUAAAGCUGACUUAGAUAGUACAUUCUUUUUGAAUUCAGCCAAACAUCAAUGUUGCAUAAUGCAUGUGGAUAUGGACUGCUUCUUUGUAUCAGUUGGUAUCCGAGAUAAACCAGAUCUAAAAGGAAAACCAGUGGCUGUUACAAGUAACCGAGGAUCAGGAAAAGCAUUGUUACGUCCUGGUGCAAAUCCACACCUGGAAAGGCAAUAUUAUCUGAAUAAAUUGUUGAAAGGCAGAACAGAAAUUGAUGAUGCUGACUCAACAGAUGAUGAUAAUCAAGAUUCUGCUGAAUUGAAUAAAAGUGAUUUUGAUAUUUCCGUGUCAUCAAUGGCAGAAAUUGCAUCUUGCAGUUAUGAAGCCAGGCAAGCUGGUAUAAAGAAUGGAAUGUUUUUUGGGCAAGCAAAACAGUUGUGCCCAAAUCUUCAAGCUGUUCCCUAUGACUUUCAUGCAUACAAAGAAGUUGCACAAACUAUGUAUGAAACAUUGGCAAGCUAUACUCAUAACAUUGAAGCUGUCAGUUGUGAUGAAGCACUAGUAGAUACCACUGAAAUCCUUGCAGAGACUGGGUUGACAUCAGAGGAGCUAGCAAAUGUUAUUCGUGCAGAAAUUAAAAACAAGACCAAAUGUCCUGCUUCAAUUGGAAUAGGUUCAAAUAUUUUACUGGCCAGACUGGCAACUCGCCAAGCAAAACCUGAUGGGCAGUAUCAUUUAAAGCCUGAAGAAGUAGAUGACUUUAUCAGGAGCCAGCUAAUUAUACAUCUUCCAGGAGUUGGAAGAACAAUGGAAUCUAAGCUAUCAUCUAUGGGGCUAAAAACUUGUGGAGAUUUACAGUGUAUCACAAUGUCAAAGCUUCAGAAAGAGUUUGGACCAAAAACUGGACAAAUGCUGUAUAGAUUCUGCCGUGGUUUGGAUGAUAGGCCAAUUCAGAGAGAGAAAACAAGAAAAUCUGUUUCAGCUGAGAUCAAUUAUGGUAUAAGAUUUUCGCAGGCAAAAGAAGCAGAAGCUUUCCUUCUGAGUCUUUCAGAAGAGAUCCAGCGAAGGUUGGAAGCAGCUGGUAUGAAAGGAAGACGACUAACUCUCACAGUCAUGAUCAGGAAAGCUGGAGCCCCAGUAGAACCUGCAAAAUUUGGAGGGCAUGGAAUUUGUGACAGUGUUGCCAGGACUGUGACUCUCAACCAUGCAACAGAUAAUGCCAGAGUGAUUGGGAAAGAAAUAAUAAAUAUGUUUCACACAAUGAAGUUGAAUAUUUCUGAUAUGAGAGGGGUUGGAAUUCAAGUGCAUCAGCUAGUUCCAGUUAAUAAAGCAAUUUCCAUAUCUUCCUCUAACACUUCGUUGCCUUCUGGGUUCUUGCCUGGUGGAGCUGAUUCAAUUAUUGAUUUUUUGCAAGUUCCAAAAGUUGUGAAGAAGUCCAAGAAUAAAGAAGAAGAACACAAGGAAGUGUUUUUGGCUGCUGUGGAUGUUGAAAUAUCUUCUACAUCAAAAGCAUGCACAGAGUUACCAUCACAAGCAACUAAACUCCAUCACAUUACCAGCAAAUCUGAGCCUAAUACCAGUUUGAAUGGCUUAUAUCCACCAAUCAGUAUAAAAUCUAGGCUUAAUUUAAGUAUUGAAGUGCCAUCAGCUUCCCAGCUUGAUCAGUCUGUUUUGGAAGCAUUGCCUUCUGAUCUUCGAGAACAAAUAGAACAUGCAUAUUCUCUUCAACUAAUAGAUGCACAUGAUAAUAGCAAGAAGGAACCAAUAAAUGGAUACAAUACUAGCUUUCCAUCCCAGCCUGCUGGAACCGUUCUAUUACAGAUGCCAGAUGAGAAAGAAUCAAGCAGUAAUGCUGGGAUUAAUAUAAUAGCACUCCCAGCAUUUUCACAGGUGGAUCCUGAUGUUUUUGCUGCCCUUCCUUCAGAAUUGCAGGAGGAACUUAAACAAGCAUAUGACCAAAGGCAAAAUCAUGUAGAGAACAUAUUACAGCAAACAAGUGCCACUGCAUCAAAGAAUCCGGUUACAAAAAGUAAGAAAAGAACUAGAAAGAAAAUCCAGGUCAGCCCAGUAAAAAAGAACCUUAGUCCUUUCAAAAACAAGUGUUUGGGUAACCCUGCAAAAAAUAUGGUUGUUUCUGUUGGAAGUCCUCAGAAAUUAAUAGAUAACUUCUUGAAACAGGAAAAAGCAAUCAGUGACAAUCCUCAGAUGGAAGAAAUACAAGCUAUUACAAAUCCUUCCAGUCCAUCUAUUUCACAGCCAUUAUCGUCUACCACAAUUUGGCCUCAAGCACCUAAUCUAGCAGGAGCUAUUGAGUUUAACGAUGUAAAGGCCUUGCUUAAGGAAUGGAUUACAACUAUAUCAGAUCCCAUGGAGGAAGACAUUUUGCAAGUUGUGAAGUAUUGUACUGAUCUGAUAGAAGAAAAGGAUUUAGAAAAGCUGGAUCUAGUUAUAAAGUACAUGAAAAGGCUAAUGCAGCAGUCUGUAGAAUCAGUAUGGAACAUGGCAUUUGAUUUCAUUCUUGACAAUGUUCAAGUUGUUCUGCAACAAACUUAUGGAAGCACAUUAAAAAUUAUCUGAUCUUGUAGAAAAGGAUAUGGCAAGAGCCUGGAGCUCUCUGAUAGCUGUACCAUAAGUGCUUGUGAGGUAUUUGCAAAGUGCAUGACAUUAAGCUAAGUUUUUAUAAGUUGAUUUUUUUUUAAAGGAGAAGGUGUUUUGUACAUUUUCUUUCAGCAAAGUGCCAAAAUUUGUCAGUAUUGCAUGUAAAUAAUUGUGUUUAAAUUCUUUUAUUAUAGUAUAGAAUCAAUUUACAAAAUGUUUGUUUAUAAAAGUUUUAUGGAUUUUUACAGUGAAGUGUUUACAAUUGUUUAAUAAAGAAUUGUAUGUAAUUUGUACAUAUCUUGUUUCACUAGUUUAAUUUUCUUUCCUAAAUGCUAUAAAUUUGAACAAUUAAUAUUAGUUUUCAUAUUUUCAUUGGCUAAACAUUUAUUUUCAUGCUCAGUUAUUUCACAGUGGCAGAAGGCUCUCUGAAAAGUGCUUAUCUAGUAAUUUGGACUUUUUAAAAAAAGAAAAUCAUUAUUAUUGGAGUAUAAACAUGAACAACAAAAUCCUGG